CCUGUCACUGCCCAUCAAUGCCACUUGCCAGUGCCACAUCAAUGCCACAUCAGUGCCUCCUCAUCAGUGCCCAUCAGUGCUGCCUAUCAGAGCCCAUCACUGCAGCCUCAUUAGGCACAUCAGUGAAGGAGAAAAAUCACUUAUUUACAAAAUUUUAUAACAGAAACUAAUAAAAUACUUUUUUUUCAAAAUUUUCAGUUGUUUUUGGUUUGUUUAGCAAAAAAUAAAAAACCCAGAGGUGAUUAA